CCCGGAGCCUGAGCGGAGAGGGGAGGAAAAUUUCUUCCUGGCUUGGGAUCUGGGGCCCUUCAGUCCGCCAACUCUCCAAUCCCGCCUGCCAGUGCCUGGUGCUUCCCCACCCCUCCCCCGCUCCCCCAAGUGUCCGCCAUGGCCAAAGCCUACGACCACCUCUUCAAGUUGCUGCUGAUCGGGGACUCAGGGGUGGGCAAGACUUGUCUGAUCAUUCGCUUUGCAGAGGACAACUUCAACAACACGUACAUCUCCACCAUCGGAAUUGACUUCAAGAUCCGCACUGUGGACAUAGAGGGAAAGAAGAUCAAACUGCAAGUCUGGGACACGGCUGGCCAAGAGCGAUUCAAGACAAUAACUACUGCCUAUUACCGUGGAGCUAUGGGCAUUAUCCUAGUGUAUGACAUCACAGAUGAGAAAUCCUUUGAGAAUAUUCAGAACUGGAUGAAGAGCAUUAAAGAGAAUGCCUCGGCUGGGGUGGAGCGUCUCUUGCUGGGAAACAAGUGUGACAUGGAGGCCAAGAGGAAGGUGCAAAAGGAGCAAGCCGAUAAGUUGGCUCGGGAGCAUGGAAUCAGAUUUUUUGAGACAAGUGCCAAAUCCAGUAUGAAUGUGAAUGAGGCCUUCAAUUCCCUGGCCCGGGACAUCUUGCUCAAAUCUGCCGGCCGGAGAUCGGGAAACAGCAACAAGCCCGCCAGCACUGAACUGAAAACAUGUGACAGGAAGAACACCAACAAGUGCUCCCUGGGCUGAGGCCCCUUGCAUGUCUC